AUGUCAUCAAACUCCUCAGACGAAGCCGGGUUGACGCCCGCGAAUACCAGUUUACUUGAAUCAUGCACCAACCCUGAGCUACCGCCGUAUCAUCCUGCACCUGCCGCAGUCGCUCCUUACAAGGGAGCGACCUUCAUCAUUCGCGAUCCUCAGAGCGGCCUCAUUAUCGCACUCAAGGAUGGCAAGCUGGGCUUGGGCCCUGCGGAUAAGGGAAAUGCAUCCAUCGGUUUCGAUAUCGGGCACGGCAGUCACUGGCGCUGCGUUGAAAACGAGGACCGCUGGCUAGGCUUUAAAAAUGCAGCCUCCGGAGAAUUCAUUGGGCACAACAACAACAAAAAGAAAUGGUGCUUCAUGGCAAAGGGGGAGGCUCACGGAGAUUGGCAGCAUUUUUGUGUCCGUCAGCAUCCGAGUGGCGGGCAAGAACUGCUUGUGAAGCAUUGGGAUGGUUUCCGAGCAAUGGAAGUGGGCGGCGAUGACAACAGAGAGCUGGUGGUUGCCGGUGAAGGACUUGGCGGAAUCGCGUGGGAGUUCCUCAGGGUUUAUUCCGAGAUGUGA